AACUUCUUCACUGAGCGUAAAUUAGACUAAAGUUUGGUAUAUAAGUGCCUAACUCAAUGUAAGGCUGCAUUAGCGGCAAAAAUGUGGCGACAAAUAGUUCUGACUUUGGCACUGAUCAGCUUCGCAGCUGCAGCACCAUGGCGCUGCUACAACACCGCUGAUGGCAGCACUGUUUGUAUAGGCAGGGAGGGGCAACCCUGCGUCUGCCCUCCACAGAUCUGCGUUCCAUGCCAGCCGACACCAUGCGCAUGCCCCGCCACUGUCUAUACGCCAGCAUGUAUACCGUGUGAUCCUUGUCUGCCGCCAUGCCCCCCGUGUCUACCACCAUGCCCCCCAUGUUUGCCACCAUGCCCCCCCUGUUUACCACCAUGCCCCCCUUGUCUGCCACCAUGCCCCCGUGUUUACCACCAUGCCCCCUUGUCUGCCACCAUGCCCCCCGUGUCUACCACCAUGCCCCCCAUGUUUGCCACCAUGCCCCCCGUGUCUACCACCAUGCCCCCCAUGCUUACCACCAUGCCCCCCUUGCGUGGCACCUUGCCAGCCAUGCUAUUAAAUUGAAAUCUGAAGAAUAAUUUCAAUUGUGGCUUCGGACACAGAGGAGUUAAAUUUAUAUCGAAAAUUUUUGUUUCGGAAAUUGUGGUAUUCGUCUGUAAUUAAUUGGAAAUAAAUUAUUUAUUUGGA